AUGGUGCCAGCGGACCACUUUCUCGCCCUAGACCCUCCCACUAUCACUAUCGCCCACCUUGAGAAGCACCUCCUAGCAGGCGAAAAGAACAUUCUCGCUGUAGGUGCUGCUCGUGACACUCCUCGCACUCCCCUCUUUGAGGGAUGCCCCCCCUCCCCUCUUACACCCUCCCACGCCUCUGCUGCUGCUGCUGCUCUCGACUACCUUGGUGCCGAGGAGGUCGGGGCUGCUUCCGCUCCUAGUGGGAAGUGCCGCAGCGGUAGGGGCAGCAGGGGUGGCAGGGGAGGUGGAGGUGGCGGUGGAGGGGGCGGUGGUGGAGGCGGCGGGGGAGGCGGAGGUGGUGGGGGUGGUGGUGGGGGUGGUGGUGGGGGUGGCGGUGGUACUAGGAGCGGUGGAGGCGGCAGCGGCGGCAGUGGGGGAGGAGGGAGCGGUGGUGGCAGCAAAGGUGGGGGCGGGAGUGGGACCGGCCAGAAGGGGAGUUCCAGUGGUGGCCAGGGACAGCAGCAGGAGCAGCAGCAGCAGCAGCAGCAGUAG